UCAGUGUCAAAACACUUGUUACAGGUCAGCAUUCCAAAGAAACUAGAAAGUGAUAUAUUAACCCUAAUUCAAGAACAUAAUGAUCAAACCAAGAGUUAUGGAGAAUUAUCGAAAAGGCUGACCUCUAGAAAACUCACAGAUGUGUAUAAUAGUUUAUCAGAUGCUGGUUUCACCCAGAAACAGAUAGAAAACACUAUGAAUAAUACUAUAAUGAAAGGUGGUGAUUUAAUAACAGCUCUAGAUUGGCUAUGUUUAAAUAUUGCUAAUGAUCAGUUGCCUGCAGGUUUCUCAGAAACAUUAUUACGAGAAGAAGAAAAGAAACGAAGGCAGCAGUUUGAUCAAUCAUUACAAGUACAAAAAUCACAUAUUGAUGAUGUAGCUGAGACAAAACAAUCAUCUAAAUCACAGAAGAAGAAGAAAAAGAAGAAAUCUGGUGGUGGUGAGAACAAGGGAGGUAAUAUGAAGAAUUGGAUCUUACAGUACGCUAAUAUGAGCUCUUCAGAGUCAGAAGGUGAAGGUGGUCCAAAAGAAUUUGAUCCAAAUUCUAAAUACCUAUCUCUGCAUGAGAAAUUAGAAGAUGUCAAGGAGCAGGCUAGCUUAGCUAAACAACAAGGCAACGAAUCCAUUCAUAAAAAACUGUCAAAAACAAUACGUGAAAUGACUGUAGAAAUGAAUGCCUUAGAAACUUUCCCUGGAUUUGAUCCAAGUAUCAAGCCUGCUCCCGCACCAAAAGAAGAAAAAAAGGUGUUACCAAAGCCUGCAGAAGCUUCUAAAGCUGAGAGUUUACCCAGUUCCAGUCAGUCUGUUUCUAGUUCCACUAAACCAGGAAAAACCAAAGCAGUAGAAGAUGUGAGAAAGUUUGAAUAUACAAAACAACAAUGGACUGGCAAGGCUCCAAAACAGUUUCUUAUAGAUUGGGUUCGAAAACAUCUCCCAAAAUCUGAUCCUCCAAAAUAUUCCAAAAUACAACUUAAAAUGAACAGAUUUAAAAGCAAAGUUCGUAUUGAUAGAAAAAAAGAUGGUGGAAUGCUAGAAUUAACACCUGAGAUUUUAUGUGAAAAUGUGAAGGAAGCUGAACAACUGGCUUCAACAUUAGCUUUAUAUCAUCUGUGUAAGGGCCAGUCGGUGCAUCAGUUAUUGCCUCCUCCAUUUCGUGACAUCUGGUUGGAAUGGUUGGAUGCUGAAAAAACUAAAAAACAAAAUGCCAUAGAUAAAGAAAACAAGGUAAAAUUUUACUUAUUAUGA